UAGAUUCUCAUCUCCUGACCAAUUCUCAAUUUCAAAUCUUCUUCUGCCUAUACUUGGUUUUGUUUGCAACUAAAACUUCUUCGCUCUAAGCUAUGGGGCUUAUAUAUGGUUAUUGCAUGUUUUGUUUGGUGGUACUACUGCCAGCAAUAGCUUACUCUCAAGACUUUACUGGUUCAAGGGCUACUUAUUAUGGUAGCCCUGAUUGCUUAGGGACACCAACUGGAGCUUGUGGCUUUGGAGAAUAUGGAAGAACAGUCAAUGAUGCUAAUGUGGCUGGGGUUUCCAGGUUGUACAAGAAUGGCACUGGCUGUGGUGGUUGCUAUCAGGUUAGGUGUAAAGCACCACAAAUUUGCAGUGACGAUGGAGUGAACGUAGUGGUGACCGACUAUGGCGAAGGAGACAAGACAGAUUUCAUCCUUAGCUCACGCGCCUAUGCAAGACUAGCACGCCCCAACAUGGCCGCCGAGCUGUUUGCAUAUGGCGUCGUUGAUAUUGAGUACCGGAGGAUCUCUUGCCGAUACGCAGGUUACAAUGUCAUGUUCAAGGUUCAUGAGCAUAGCAGGUUCCCGGAGUACUUGGCCAUUGUUGUUCUGUACCAAGGUGGCCAGAAUGAUAUCUUAGCUGUUCAAAUAUGGCAGGAAGAUUGCAAGGAAUGGAUAGGCAUGAGAAAGGCAUAUGGAGCAGUUUGGGACAUGCCUAAUCCACCAAAGGGUUACAUAACAUUGAGGUUCCAAGUGAGUGGGAGUGCAGGGCUAACAUGGGUCCAGGCUAAAAAUGCUAUCCCAAGUGAAUGGAAGGUUGGAGUGGCUUAUGAUUCUGCCAUUCAGCUCACUUAAAAAGUGCCAAGUAGAUCUUAAUUAGUAGGAGUUGAGCUAUAUAUACAUAUAAAGUUAUUUAUUGUUGGCAUUAGUUUGUAUGUCUUUAAAUGCUUUGCAUUGUAAGCCAAUAAACACAUUAUCAUGUUAACUUGGAAUAAUGUAAAAGUUCCUAUAUGAAUAAACUUGCAUACUUUUAGUUUAA